UAGGCGGGUCUAGUUAAGUAACAGCGUUAGUGCGGAAUACAAACCUUGUGACUGUUAGAAUGUUUUAGAUUCUUAUGCGUCUGUCCAAAUGUUUCUGAAGAUAUCCUGACAUUGUUUUCUCCCUUUGGAAACAUUGACAGAUUUGUCUCCCAGUUUUGUUAUAUUGGUUAACGUGAUUUUUUUUUGAGAUGUCUUCAGAUAUUCCGGAGAUAUUCAAGGCUUUGCUCGAGCACCCCUUCUCAGUACCCACCUUUAAUGAAAACGAAAAUGAGAAAGAGAAGCUGUCAGGGGAUGAUGUGGAUGGUGGAGGAGGGGUCAGUGGGCUUGGGCCAUCAGCAGCCUUGACCCCUGCUAUUUGGGAGAAGACUAUUCCCUAUGAUGGUGAGACUUUCCACUUGGAGUACAUGGAUCUGGAGAAAUUUUUGAUGGAGAAUGGUAUUCCUGCUUCAGCUGAUGAAGCUCAACAGAAAGGACUUGCCAAGAAGAACUCCCAGCAGACACUUGCGAAUCCACCUGCUGCCAUCCUAAAGACAGAACCAACCCCAUCAGCCCCAGUUUCUCUGCUGCCAAUCAUGGAACUUGAGCAGUGUAAGGAGGAGGUGAUCACAACCACUGCAUCAAACUUACAAUCAACAGAGACUAAAACAGAAUCACACAAUUCAGGCCUUAUCACUGACAAAGACCGCAUGAUGCCGGAGCCCAUUAAACCAGAGGACAUUGAGGUGGAGGUGAACUUUGAGCUGGAUCCCACAGACCUUGUUCUGUCUACUGUACCUGGAGGAGAACUGUUUGACCCUCGAAAACAUCGCUUCACUGAGGAGGAGCUCAAACCACAGCCCAUAAUCAAGAAAGCCAAGAAAAUAUUUGUGCCUGAAGAACAGAAGGAUGAGAAAUACUGGCAGAGAAGGAAAAAGAACAACAUUGCAGCUAAACGUUCGCGAGAUGCCCGACGGCUAAAGGAGAAUCAGAUCACAGUCCGAGCAGCCUUUCUGGAACGGGAGAACUCUGCACUGAGACUAGAGGUGGCUGAGCUGCGAAAGGACUAUGGACGCUGCAAGAACAUUGUGACUCACUACGAAGCCAAAUAUGGACCACUGUAAGAGACAGAUAAUGUAAAAGCCUGCUAGAUGAUUUAUAUUCCCAAAACAACACGGUCAGCAAAUUCACCCCCCUUCCCUUGACUAAAGUGAAGCCUUUUUUGUAGUCACAUUUUGUAGACGCACAUGCCUGCAGAAAGUAAUAAAUUAAUAUAUAAAUAGA